AUGUCCCUGAAGGAACCGUCCAUCAAUGAUAAAAUCAGCGCUCCAAGCACCGAAUCCAAGGACUCGGCUUCGCCGUUACUGAAGGAUCCCUCCGCCCCCACCGCGGGCGACGAAAUUGGGGGGGGAGAAACAUCAUCAAAGCCACGCAAGAGAGACUUUUGGAAGCUGGGUAAAAAGCAGGAUGAAGACAAACCACCGGUCAAGGGCAAAGUUCCUGUUUCCUCCAAACCCGCCGCUUCCAAAGCCAGUCCAUUGGUGGGACUGAGCCCGGCAUCUCCCAUUAAAUCACCCGAUGCCCUCGGCGGAUCUGUAUCACCUCACCGGGGUUCUUUGACUCAGUCAUAUGGUGUUCCUGGUUCACCCAGUUAUGGAAUGCACAAUACGUCUCCGCGGCCACAAUCCCCCGCGUCUUCGAUGAUUUUCGAACGCAAUGUUCAGGAGGAAGUCGUUCUUCCCGAGGCCUCUCCACACUUACCUUCUCAUGUUAUUAUGGAGAACCAUAUUGCACCGGCGUUGGACGCGUCGGCGGAGGCGAUCACGAACGAGAAGUUGGACCCGGAUACGGUUGAAAUCGUCACUCACGCCACCCAUCAGCCGGCCGUCGUGACCAUUACUGGCCUCGGAGCCGACCAGUCCAUGGCGUCUUCGAUGCAGGAUGAAUUUCCUCCCGCCCCGGCUUCGGUGCAUCGACAAGAUACGGAUAAUGCGUCCACCUACGGGCCUUUGGAUUCGACCGAUGUGCGUCGAUUGAGCUUUAUCUCCUUCGCCGAUGUUGUCCACGGCGAACAGGAAUUGGGCGAUGUCCGACGUGAUUCCGCCCAUCUAUCGGGCCAUCCAUCCCUGAUCCCUCCUCGAUCGCCGUCUCCUAUUCGUUCUCCUACAUCCUCGGCCGCCUUUGGCACGUCACCACCUACGAGCAUAACGGCAUCGGUCAAGGGGUUCGAAACGUCUCCCAACCGAGCCCAAAGAGGGGCGGCAAGUCCUUUACCCGGGCAAAGCUCGCCAUUGACCGGCGCCAGUGAAAUCAACAUCGAAACCAUGAGACAGGCGCUCCGAAAGACAGGAAGUGGAGAUCUCAGCCAUUUCCGUAGUGCUCCGGUCAGUGCCGUAGGAAACGAUGAUGGAACUUAUGACCGACCCUUUAGAUAA